GCCGCGGCAGCAGCCGAUGUGCACUGUGGCUUGCCCGCAGCAACGAAACGAUAAAACGGUUGAACAAGGUAGAAUGAGAAAGCGUCGACUUUCACAUUUUCCCCAGCUCUUUUUGCGAGUGAUGCUAUGGCUGUCGAAGAUUCUAUCGAAACCCUUGAGGACUUGCACCCUGCCAGAACUAAGACAAGGGCGUGCAAAAUCCACUCGGACCGUCCCCACCCCGGUCACCAGCUCUUCCAGCUCCUUCCCUCAGCUGUUCACUGCAACCUGAGCCAGAAUGGCAUCGACCACCAGAUGUACCCAGAAGACGUUGAAUCGCAGCUGGAUGAAGAAGAGGAGUGUGUCGAUGGCCCACCGGUGCUGCUGGAUGACGACAGCCCGAGCUACCAUGACAUAAACCCGUCCAUUUUUCAGUGUCGUUUGCCACCACAUCGCUCCGUGUCCGAGUCUGAGCUCACACGGCCAGGAUAUGUGAAGCUGUCCAAACCAGUGGCACUGUGGACCCAACAGGACGUUUGUAAAUGGCUGAAGAAACACUGUCCGAAUCAACAUCAGAUCUACAGCGACUCCUUCAAACAACAUGACAUCACAGGGCGGGCUCUGAUGAGACUGACAGACUGGAAGCUGGAGAGAAUGGGCAUCAUCCAGGAAGCAGAGAGGCAGAACAUCCUGCAGCAGGCCCUGCAACUCCGCGUCCGCGAGGAAGUUAGGACACUUCAACUUCUCACGCAAGGUCUGAUUUUGCAAGAUAGACCCACGAGCUGUACAGUUUAUAUUCAGCCUGUAUCCAUCUGAAACAACAAUAUUCCUUCGCCUGAGACAAGAUGUCAAGGGGAAAUGGAAGCUCCCUGGAAUGCGCCCCAUCUUCACCAUAAGCCGAUGGAGCCCUCACAGAAGUGACCACCACCUUGAUAGCCUACAACCUGACCACCAGUAUCUGAUCCCCGGACCUCUUCCCAGACUUCGUACAGCUUUCCGUAUCAUCUCAUCUGUGGGAAGAUUGGAAACAAUCCCAUGAAGAAUUCAAGCCACUCCUGAAAAUCCUCCCACAAGUACCAAACUGAUUUUUCUUCACAGUCCAAACCAUCCUGCCAGAAUUCUGCAAUCUGACCAAAGGUUUCCAUUACAUAGAUCAAAUCUCAAAUCAUUACAUUGCCAGGCAGUUCUAAGAAAUCACCCGAAAUCCCUUGUCCCCAACAUUGUCUGCAAAACAAUGAGAAAUCAUUAAAAGACAGAUGUUUUCUGCAGUGUUGCAUCCCCUAUAAUAGCAUGGUACUUUAUGUAUUGUGGCUGGCUAUAACUCAUCCCAAAAGGCUAUUUUACCCUUACAGUAACACCUUUAAGCCACUCCUUAAAACUCUCACUCACACUUCACUGUAGCACUUGAAGGUUUAUGUUCCCUCAUGGGAUGGUGGUCCUAAUCCAAUUUAGGACAUUUGUGAAGUGGCAAGACAAUUACUGUACAUAAAUCUUCAAUUAUUCCUCAAAUUGUUUCCUAAUAACCACAAAAGAGAGACAAACUUUACACAACCUUGUCCGUGUGUCGUGCACUCUCAAUUGUCCCUCUAUCUGCACAUAGAGUAGAUGCUGUCAUGUAAACAGUGUUUGACAAUGCCUGAUGUCCAUCUUGCGGUCUUCAUUUUCUGAACUCAAAGAUGGAGACCAUUCUUAAAAAAAAAAAAAAAAAUUAAAAUAAAAA